AUGGAAAACAAAACAGAUUUUGAAUAUCCUCACACUUUUAUAUUACUUGGGGCAUCUGGAGAUCUAGCAAGAAAAAAGAUCUACCCAACUAUAUGGUAUUUAUAUCGAGACAAUCUAUUACCUCGUCACACCAAGUUUGUUGGUUAUGCGCGUACGAAGCAAACAAUAUCUGAGGUAAAAGAGAAAUGUAAAAAAUAUUUGAAAGUGCGUCCAGGAGAAGAAGAGAAACUGAAGGAAUUUUGGGAAGCAAACGAAUAUUUUGCUGGUUCAUAUGACAAGAGAGUUGACUAUGAAAUGCUCAACCAACUCAUUAGUAAGUUUGAAAAAGGCCCAGUGGCUAACAGAAUAUUUUAUCUAGCAGUGCCUCCAACUGUAUUUGGAGAUGUUACAGUGAAUAUACGAAAUGCAUGUGUGUCCAUUAAAGGCUUUACAAGAGUUAUCAUCGAAAAGCCUUUUGGUAGAGACGAUGAUAGUUCACAGAAACUAAGCAAUCAUCUGGCUGGCCUGUUCAAAGAAGAACAAAUUUAUAGGAUUGACCAUUACCUUGGUAAAGAAAUGGUUCAGAACUUGAUGACUAUCAGGUUUGCCAAUCAAAUUUUCAGUCCUUCAUGGAACAGGGAGAAUAUUGCAUCUGUGUUAAUUUCCUUUAAGGAACCAUUUGGUACUGAAGGUAGAGGUGGCUACUUUGAUGACUUUGGUAUAAUUCGAGAUGUAAUGCAAAAUCACCUUCUGCAAAUUUUAUCACUUGUGGCCAUGGAAAAACCUGUUACACUGAAUCCAAAUGAUAUAAGAGAUGAAAAAGUUAAAGUAUUACGCCACAUUAGCCCUAUUCAGCUGAAUGAUAUCCUGGUUGGACAAUAUGUAGGCAAUCCUGAAGGGAAAGGUGAAGAAAAGUUGGGAUAUUUGGAGGACCCAACUGUGCCAAAAGAUUCUGUGACACCUACUUAUGCACUCGCUGCUCUCCAUAUUAAUAAUGCUAGGUGGCAAGGUGUACCUUUUGUUCUUCGAUGUGGAAAAGCUCUAAAUGAGAGAAAAGCAGAGGUAAGGAUUCAGUACAAAGAUGUACCUGGUGACAUCUUUAAUGGGCAUGCAAAGAGGAAUGAGUUGGUGAUUCGUGUUCAGCCUGGUGAAGCUCUAUAUUUGAAGAUGAUGAGCAAAUCACCUGGAAUGAAGUUUGACCUUGUGGAAACUGAAUUGGACCUUACUUACAGCAUGCGUUAUAAAGAAACAGAUGUCCCUGAUGCAUAUGAGAGACUUAUUUUAGAUGUAUUCACUGGCACACAAAUGCAUUUUGUAAGAAGUGAUGAAUUAGAAGAGGCUUGGCGUAUAUUUACGCCUGUUCUGAAAGAACUAGAAGGCAAGCGUAUUAAACCUGUUCCUUAUGUGUAUGGAUCCCGUGGACCUCCAGCUGCAGAUAGCAAACUUGCUUCCUACGACUUUAAGUACAGUGGUUCAUACAAAUGGCAAAAGCCUACUCUAUCUUAA